AUGGCCUCAUCUGCAGCAUGCAUUCAUCCUAUGCACUCAGCCAUCACUCCAAGUGAGUCCACCACAGCUCUUGACGCUUUCAUGGUGCUGAUCUCGUCUUACAGCACAUGCUCUCACACCACAUUUCCCAGUGACGAGAAUUCAGAGGGAAAACAAGUGGCGGCUUACGCACGGCAGUCUCCUUUGCUCACGACGGUACACGACUCCCGAGGCUAA